CGUUGGUUACUAACUAUAGAUGUAAUCUUUCCUAUUACCCAACAGUAAAAGUUGUUAUCAAAGAGUCUUUACAUACAAUCUCUCAAUAAAGAACUUAUUUAUCACUUAAUAAGAUUUCUUUUUUCUUUUCCUGUUUUCUCAGAUAAUACAUUUUCCCUGUAAAAAUAAUACUGAAAGAGAUUUUUAAAAUAAUUUAAAAAAAUGCCUUUGUGCCCUACAUUGAAAAUUUAGCAAAGGAAAGUAAAAUUCCACAGAUUUUAGGAACCCUGCUGUUAAGUUUCUCCGCAGGAACAGUAACAGGGACACCUUUGGCUUUAGAAGUAGUGUAAUACCCAGCCCUCCAUGUGCAGUUAGUGUGCUGAUGGACUGUCAGCCUCCCUGUAUUGAAGGUCAUGUUCCAGGCAAGGUCAGGCCCCCAGAAAGCUGCAAGGAAACAUUACAAAACAUAUCUCAGGCAGCCAGAGAGUGGGGGAGUUGCCUGUCUAUCUCAUGCAGGCAACGUCAGGAAAACAGCAGUUACGAAAGUGCAACUCUGUGGCUUGUGGAAAUAGCACCUUGACCCCAAAUUUCCUCAGGUUCUGCCUCUUCCUGAGUGAUUCACUCUCACCAGUUGAUGAGUGUCAAACAGCUGGAGAGAUGCUUGUCAGAUCUGUGCUAUGUCAGAUCACUGUGCUAUGGUGUCAGUAUGGGUUUUUUUGUCUUUUCUGUGAAUUCAGGCUGGCGACACAGGCGCUCAGCCUGGUUCUACGUGGCACUGAUCCUGGGAGCCCUUGUGCUUGUCCUGCUAGGUGUCAUAGCUGUACUAGCCAAGCAAUUUUUGAAGUGCAGAGCAAGCAGAUCAGAAAGUUUGUCCCAUAUUGGUGUAAAUAGCACUGGCAAUCACACCUCCUCAGAGAAGACUGUCUUGGCAGUGCUCCUGAAAUGGCUCAUGGAGGAACUGUGUGAAGAUGGACAGGGAAGAACAUGUGAGCUGUGUCCUCCUGGGUGGCAACUGCACAGGAGCAGAUGUUACUACUUCUCCGAGGAGGCUGUAAGCUGGGAUGAUAGCCAGAAAAACUGUCUGGCCAGGAAAUCCCAGCUUCUUGUUAUUGAAGAUGAAAUUGAAAUGGAAUUCAUAGACAAUAAAGAGAAAGAUACCAAAUAUAUCUGGAUUGGCUUGAAGAUUCCAGACAUGAAGAAACAAUGGAGUUCAGUUGAGGAUCCUGGAGUAAAAGAAAACAGGAAAGCUAUAAAUAGAAUUGAGACUGACAAGAAUUGUGCUGUUUACAGAAGAAAAAACAUGAUUCAAGUAGAUAACUGCCAGACUUUAAAGAAGUGGAUCUGUAAGAAGAAUGCAACUUUGUUGGUGCUUUGAGGCAAACCAUAGAACCACAGAAUAGUUAGGGUUGGAAAGGACCUUAAAAUCUUCUAGUUCCAACCCCCAAUCAUCAGACAACAGAGAGAGCUUUCUCUCAGAAGACCUGUUUUACUGAUAAAACAACAUGUGAUGUAAAUAAUUUUAAGAGACUUCCACAGAAAUCUGUAUUUUGCUGUUCUGUGAU